GGCGCAAGAUGGCGGCGCUGCAUGAGGAGCCGGCGGAGGUGGCGGCGGCGCAGCCGGACCCCGAGGCGGGGACGCCACCGCCGCCCUCCGCGGCGCCCCCCGCCGCCGCUGCCGCCGCUCCCGCCGCCGUCCCGGCCGCCGCGGCGGAGGGAGAAGCGGCGGGGGGCGCUGGGGAUGCGGCGCCCGCGAAGCCCGCGGCGCCCGGCCCGGCCGCCUCCCCCGCGGCGCUGGACCGGCAGACGCUCGUGGCCGUGCUGCAGUUCCUGCGGCGCAGCAACCUCCGCGAGUCCGAGGAGAUCCUGCGCCGCGAAGCCCGCCUGCUCGGCGACGACCUGGGCGCCGCCGCGCUCAGCCCCGCCAGCGCCGGGCUCCUGGGGGGCUCCGGCAGCGACGCGGACUCCGGAGAGGCGCUGCUCGGCCGGGGCACCGGCGCUGCCGCCGUCGCCAUCGGAGGCAGCGUCGCCGCUGUCGCGACUUCAAGCCCCGGGGUGGCCGCAGUGCCCGCCGUGCCGCCUGGGAAAGUUGGAGGUGCCGUGGUUGUGGAGGAUCAGCCGGACGUGAGCGCGGUGCUGUCGGCCUACAACCAGCAAGGGGACCCGACGCUGUACGAGGAGUACUACAGCGGGUUGAAACACUUCAUCGAGUGUUCCCUGGACUGUCACCGAGCAGAGUUGUCUCAGCUGUUUUACCCUCUCUUUGUGCACAUGUACUUGGAAUUGGUGUACAAUCAACACGAGAGUGAGGCAAAGUCUUUUUUUGAAAGGUUUCAUGGGGAUCAGGAGUGCUAUUACCAGGAUGACCUGCGUGUACUCUCCAGCUUAACCAAAAAAGAGCACAUGAAAGGUAACGAGACCAUGCUGGAUUUCCGAACAAGCAAGUUUGUGCUGCGUAUUUCCCGUGACUCUUACCAGCUCUUGAAGAGGCAUCUGCAGGAAAAGCAGAACAAUCAGAUCUGGAACAUUGUUCAGGAGCAUCUUUACAUUGAUAUCUUUGAUGGAAUGCCUCGCAGCAAACAACAGAUAGAUGCUAUGGUUGGAAGCUUGGCUGGGGAGGCAAAACGAGAGGCUAAUAAAGCAAAGGUUUUCUUUGGCUUAUUGAAAGAACCAGAGUUUGACGUGCCUUUGGAUGAUGAAGAUGAAGAAGGAGAAAAUGAGGAAGGAAAGCCAAAGAAGAAAAAACCUAAAAAAGAUAAUGUAGGGUCAAAAAGUAAAAAGCAGGACCCUAAUGCUCCUCCCCAAAACAGAAUUCCUCUGCCUGAACUGAAAGACUCUGACAAGCUGGAUAAAGUAAUGAAUAUGAAGGAAGCUGCAAGGCGUGUGCGUCUUGGCCCAGAGUGCCUGCCCUCCAUCUGUUUCUACACAUUCCUUAAUGCUUACCAGGGUCUGACUGCAGUGGAUAUUACAGAUGACUCCAGCAUGAUUGUAGGAGGCUUUGCUGACUCUACUGUCAGAGUGUGGUCUGUGACUCCAAAAAAGCUUCGUAGUGUGAAAACAGCAGCAGACCUCAGUCUUAUCGACAAAGAAUCGGACGAUGUCUUGGAGAGGAUCAUGGAUGAGAAAACAGCAAGUGAGUUGAAGAUUUUAUAUGGUCACAGUGGACCUGUCUAUGGCACCAGCUUCAGUCCUGAUAGGAACUAUCUGUUGUCCUGUUCUGAGGAUGGCACUGUCAGAUUGUGGAGUCUCCAAACAUUCACAUGUUUAGUGGGAUAUAAAGGACACAACUAUCCAGUGUGGGAUACACAGUUCUCUCCUUAUGGUUAUUACUUUGUGUCAGGGGGACACGACAGAGUGGCUCGUCUGUGGGCAACAGAUCACUACCAGCCACUACGGAUAUUUGCUGGCCAUCUUGCUGAUGUCACGUGUACGCGAUUUCAUCCAAAUUCCAACUAUAUUGCCACAGGCUCAGCCGACAGGACUAUACGGCUCUGGGAUGUUUUGAAUGGGAAUUGUGUAAGAAUAUUCACUGGACAUAAGGGACCAAUUCAUUCAUUGGCAUUUUCUCCUAAUGGAAGAUUCCUGGCUACUGGAGCAACGGAUGGAAGAGUUCUGCUAUGGGAUAUUGGACAUGGCUUGAUGGUUGGCGAAUUGAAAGGGCACACUGACACUAUCUACGCGCUCAGAUUCAGCAGAGAUGGGGAGAUUUUAGCAUCAGGUUCAAUGGAUAACACAGUUCGUCUGUGGGAUGCUGUGAAGGCGUUUGAAGAUUUAGAAACUGAUGACUUUACUACAGCCACUGGACACAUAAACUUGCCUGAAAACUCACAGGACUUGUUACUGGGUACAUACAUGACCAAAUCAACCCCGGUUGUUCAUCUCCAUUUCACACGCAGGAACCUGCUGCUGGCUGCGGGAGCCUACAGUUCACAGUAAAUUGGGAAGCUGAGACUGCCUGUGCCAAGGCAUUGCAGUACUGACCUCAUGAUGUGAGACAACGAGAAAUGUCUUGUACACAAGGAUCCCCACGAGUCUGUUGCAGGGAAGGUGAAACUGUGUAAAUUAAUGCAGGCAGCACUUCUCAGUUCUGCUGUUUCGUAGUUAUCUGCAGUUUGAAAAUGCUGGGGAUUGACAAGACAUCGUGGCUGUAAAAGAAGGAACUGUUCGUGGUGCUUUUGAUACACAUAUAUGUAUAUAUGAAAUGAGCCGUCUCCUCUCAGAGAUGGCACUGAGCUCUGCUGAAACUUGUGAGAAGUUAACAGCCUUGAUGAUUUUUUUUAAAGCACUUAAUUUAUGGUUAGCAAAGGUUUCAUCAGUCUCAAACACAAGCAAAAACUGUCCAGUUUCAGGAAAGAAGAAUGUAGUUUGAUUCACUGUAUCCUGUGCUGGGCAGCAGGUGUGGUGAGAAGAUCACAGCAACAACCAGGGCAUUGACGGAGCCGCUCCGACACUCCGAUGCUUGUGGUCGUGGCACUGCCGUGAAGCACCGGGCACGGGUUUUAUCAGCCAAGUAGUAAGUCCUGAAAAGAUUUCAAACUCUAUGCUCU